AAUGCAACAUCUGGGGCGGUGCAAAUGCACCUAUGCCCACAGCUGCUGUUGCCAGGAGACUAGUAGAGUAGCAAGCUUGGAGCGGGAGGAGGCGAGGCAGAAGGGAGUGGGCUGUCGAGGCUGGAGCAAGAGCAGCAGCAGCGGGGAGCUCUGGGUAGGGAGUGUUCUGUUUGCUGCUGCAACGCUAAGCUCUGCUGCUGCUGCUGCUGUUUUAGGAGCGAGAGGAAGCAGCUCCGCGGAGGGAAGGAGGGGAGCCGACUGUAGCCAUGCUGAAUCACAGGCGCUGACUGAUUCGCCCAGCUCGCUGCGCCCCGAUCAAGGAGGACAACGGUGGGAGACGCGGCGGCAGCGUUGCCCGAGGCCAGGAGACGAGGGUGCAUGCAGAGUUCAAGCUCCACUCCGGCUGCGCACAAUGGACGACGAGAGCAUCAAGAGAUCCCCCCAACCACUUGAGGAAGAUGAAGAUAAGGACCAGCGAACAGUGACCAUCAAUCCUUGUCACAUGGGAAAGGCAUUCAAAGUCAUGAAUGAACUAAGGAGCAAGCGGCUUCUCUGUGAUGUGGUGAUUGUUGCUGAAGAUGUUGAGAUCGAAGCCCAUCGUAUUGUCCUGGCAGCUUGCAGUCCGUAUUUCUGUGCAAUGUUUACAGGAGAUAUGACUGAAAGCAAAGCAAAGAAGAUCGAGAUCAAAGAUGUUGAUGGACUAACCUUAAGUAAGCUGAUUGAUUACAUCUACACCGCUGAGAUAGAGGUCACAGAAGAAAAUGUUCAGGUUUUGUUGCCAGCAGCCAGCCUAUUACAGCUAAUGGAUGUUCGGCAAAACUGUUGUGACUUUCUUCAAUCUCAGCUCCAUCCCACAAAUUGCCUUGGUAUUCGCGCCUUUGCAGAUGUGCAUACUUGCACUGAACUGUUGCAACAAGCCAACGCCUAUGCAGAGCAGCAUUUUCCUGAGGUGAUGCUUGGUGAAGAAUUCCUUAGCCUUAGCCUAGACCAAGUUUGCAGUUUGAUAUCAAGUGACAAACUAACCGUUUCAUCAGAAGAAAAGGUGUUUGAAGCUGUCAUUUCUUGGAUAAAUUAUGAGAAAGAGACUCGCUUGGAACACAUGGCUAAGUUGAUGGAACAUGUCCGCCUCCCUCUCUUGCCCAGAGAUUACCUUGUACAGACAGUUGAAGAAGAAGCUUUAAUCAAGAACAAUAACACAUGUAAAGAUUUUCUUAUUGAGGCCAUGAAAUACCACUUGCUUCCUCUGGAUCAACGACAGUUGAUAAAGAAUCCUAGAACAAAACCAAGGACCCCAGUCAGUCUGCCAAAGGUAAUGAUGGUGGUUGGUGGGCAAGCACCUAAAGCCAUUCGGAGUGUAGAGUGUUACGAUUUUGAGGAGGAGCGAUGGGAUCAAGUUGCUGAACUUCCUUCUCGGAGAUGUAGAGCAGGGGUGGUAUUCAUGGCAGGCAAAGUCUAUGCUGUGGGAGGUUUUAAUGGCUCUUUACGAGUCCGAACAGUGGACGUAUAUGAUGGAGUGAAAGACCUGUGGACGUCAAUAGCCAGCAUGCAAGAAAGACGAAGCACUUUAGGGGCAGCUGUGCUAAAUGAACUCCUCUAUGCUGUUGGUGGAUUUGAUGGAAGCACAGGUCUUGCCUCUGUGGAAGCAUAUAACUAUAAGACCAAUGAGUGGUUUUUUGUGGCACCUAUGAACACAAGAAGAAGCAGCGUUGGAGUUGGGGUCGUGGAAGGUAAAGACAGCAAACUGCUGAAUUGGCCGCAGCAGCACAGUAAACUCUAUGCUGUUGGUGGUUAUGACGGAGCAUCACGUCAGUGCCUUAGUACUGUAGAACAGUAUAAUCCAGCUACAAAUGAGUGGGCAUAUGUGUCGGAUAUGAGUACUCGCCGCAGUGGUGCAGGUGUUGGUGUACUUAGUGGACAGUUGUAUGCUACUGGGGGACAUGAUGGCCCUUUGGUGAGGAAAAGUGUGGAAGUAUAUGAUCCUGGAACAAAUACGUGGAAACAAGUGGCAGAUAUGAAUAUGUGUAGAAGAAAUGCAGGUGUGUGUUCAGUGAACGGUCUUCUCUAUGUGGUUGGAGGAGAUGAUGGCUCUUGCAAUUUGGCAUCUGUAGAAUACUAUAAUCCUGUCACUGAUAAAUGGACAUUAUUACCGACAAACAUGAGCACUGGAAGAAGUUAUGCAGGUGUAGCUGUGAUCCAUAAACCAUUGUGACACAUGUUCAAGUGACUGCAAAGACAAGAAAUAAUGGCCAUCUCAUCUUGCUUGGUGGGUUUUGGAAGAUAACUGAAAUCUGACUCUUAACUGCCACACUAAAAUUGCACUCCUAGCAUGACAAGUAUGUGCUAAGACCAUCAACCUCUGCUCAGUGAUGGGCAGUGCAGCAAUGUGAAAAGUCUUGCUGUGAACAUGUUCCAGAAAUGAGGUGUUGCUUGUUUUUCUUGGUGCAAUCUGCUGUUUUAUGUACAGCCAAGACUUGAGUUUGAACUGAAUUUCUCAAGAGCAAGGAAAUGUAUCUCUAUGGCAUGUAACUAGGAGAAAGGGUAUUUUGGAAUACUUCACUACUGAAGUAGCAUAUACACUAUAAUAUGUUCUAGAAAGCAUUUCCUAUUUACUUACCAAACCUUUUAGACAAAUCUACUACUGAGACUGGAAUUUUUGAAACAAUCCUCGAAAGGAAACCAGACCUGAAUAAAUAGACUGGGAGCUCUAGCUCAUAUGGUA